AUGAAUGAUAAUCUACCACACAUAAGGAUACAUUCACCAAAAGGGUCGUCUGAAAACAAUGAUGCAAAUAGACAGGAUGAUCAGCUAGUUACUAUGAAUAAAGAUGUCAGAAGUAAAAGACAACCAGAUCGUCAAAGCUCUGAAGUGGAACGUAGCUCAAGCGCACGGAGUCAUUUUACUUCUAGCAAUUCAGACUUUCCAAACAAUAGUUCGAGAGAUGGACUGAAUUUAUUGGAUCCGCUGUCACAGCAUAUAAUGAGCCGUACUCGCUCAAGCAACAGUCCAUCUAAAAUAGGCGUACAGAACCAAUCGCUAACAUCCGCACGCACAUCUUUUACUAAUUCCGAAAGAAGAAAUAAUAGCAAUUUUUCUCCUGGAUCUGAAAAUGAAACAAUUACUGGUAAUUUACCAAACCUGGAAGCAAAUCAAGCACGGCAUGCUAAUGGCCGUAGGUCUUCGAUCUUUUCGCGGGUUCUUGGAAACAGGUCGAGUAUUUUUAAUCAUAGAGGCCUUGAAGAUAAUGCUGAAGAUGAUGAUAAAGAUGCUGUCGAUGGAAUAUCAAGGGUAGAAGGAAAUGCCGCGGACCCCUUUUCUUGGAUUUCCAAAGGCAAAAACCAGUGGGAAGCACCUUCGAGGUAUAUUCGCGUUCGUUCUCAUAAAACAAAACAAAAGUCUUUUGGUCAUUUGUUCUUAGCUCAAGAACUUCACUGCAAACCAGCAAUGGCGAGUGUGUAUAACUAUUAUUAUAAUGCUACCCCUGAUCCAAUACCGUAUUCUUCUGAUGUUCCUUGUAAGUCUUCCUCUUCUGGCUUAUCGGCUGUACAGAAUGCUGAAUAUUCUCAAAAUGAUAUACAUCUUUCCGAUGAUAAUCCCUACGUUGACGAAAUGCAUCCUAAUUAUCACCCUUCUUAUAGUCACCGCCAAACCAGAGAUCCUUCGAUUCAUUCGGAUACAGUAAUUCAAACUGUAAAGGAAGACGAAAACCCCAUAAAUUGUGCAAUAUGGGCUAUGAAAUUCAGUCGCGAUGGUCGUUUUUUAGCUGUCGGUGGGCAAGACAAAAUUCUUCGUGUUUGGCAAGUUCUUGACAGAGGUCAAGCACGUAAAUACGACGCUUCAUCGGAGCCAGGAAACUUCACGUCAAAGCUUGAUCUAGGAGCCCCUGUUUUCACUUCUUCCCCUAUACAACAGUAUGUAGGGCACACCGCAGAUAUACUAGAUAUUUCUUGGAGCAAAAACAAUUUUCUACUUAGCUCGUCCAUGGACAGAACCGUCCGUUUAUGGCAUCCUCUUCGUAAAGAUUGCUUGUGCUGUUUUGAACACUCUGAUUUCGUCACCUCAAUAGCUUUUCAUCCUAAAGAUGACCGAUUUUUUCUUUCUGGAUCCUUAGACUGCAAAUUACGAUUGUGGUCAAUUAAAGACAAGAAUGUAGCCCAUUGGAAUGAGCUGCCAGAAUUGAUCACAGCAGUUGCUUUUAGUCCGGACGGGGGUUUGGCAAUUGCUGGAACAUUUGUUGGCUUGUGCUUAUUUUAUGACACCCGAGGGCUUCGAUUUCGUACUCAAAUACAUAUUCGAAGUUCUCGAGGUAGAAAUGCAAAAGGAAGCAAAAUUACUGGCAUUGAAACUCGCACACGAAUAAUUGAAAACGUCGCUGGGGAUACAGAGAUGCUUAUUACUACAAAUGACUCUCGAAUUCGGGUAUAUAAUCUUCGUGAUAAGAGCCUCGAAAUUAAGUUCAAAGGUCAUCUAAACGAACAAAGCCAGAAUAAAUCAUCUUUUGAUGAAGAAUUGAAGCAUAUAAUCUGCGGUAGUGAAGAUCAUCAAGUUUAUGUCUGGGAUGUUCCACCGCCACAUAUGCAGAAAAGCAAGAAACAAUCCUAUGAACAUUUUAAAGCUUCUAUGAGGCCGAUUACUACUGCAGUUUUUGUUCCAGUCCGAACAAAGCAGCUGUUGUUAAUGGCUGGUGAUCCGCUGUAUGCUGCAGCAAUUACAGCUCGGCGGACGUCAGUCGGUUCAGAAGCUUCUUUCAAUCCUUCACGGGUAACGAAUAAUCAAAAAAUUUCGAUAAAUUGGCUGCCACCUGAAGUGAACAAUGGCCAUAUAAUUGUAUGUGGAGAUUUAGACGGCCGCAUUCGGGUUUUUCGCCAGGAUUCUUCUUUUGAAGCUAGAAAUUCCCGACAGGGAAGCAAUGAGGGCUUUAGCUUACCUUCUCUAGUAAAAAAUAAAAGUAAUAAUUCCCUGCGGAGUCUAAAAAAUAAGCCCUUCUCAUUAAACCGGUCAAGGCAUCCUUCGGUCUCAUCCAAACAAACUUCCCAAAAACCAAAAAAACAUGAGAAUCGGGGUGCACCAAAUGAGGUGGCUACAGAAACUCAAGAAAUACAACUGGGCAUGGAUGAUUCUGAAGCUUUAAAGCGUGUUGAUAUGAUGAUGCUACAAGAAGGGGCUUCUUCUAUGGCUUACUAUUCAAUGAAUGACUUGGAUGUCAAUAAUACGAAUGUUUCUAGAGCCUUAAAUACUGCAAAGCAAAAGGGAGCUUCGAAGAAAGAUAUUAACCAAACUGAUCCUGUCAAGGCUGCUUCAUCUUUAGCACCUUCUUCCAAGGAUGAGAACAAUCAAAUAUUUUUUGAAAAAGAUCGCAUGGAAUGUACUAAAUGUGGUAACUAUUUAUUUCACGUUUCUAGGAAAAUACGGGAUAUUAACACAUUCGCAUAUUCGCUUACAUGCUCUCACUGUGGUCAAAAAUUGUAUACGCCUACUGAGGACUAUAAGGAUGACUGA